GGGGACUGAAAAAAAUGUAACACCGUCCACUAGACGUGUGCGGGAAGUCAUGUAUGAUCAGUAAGUGAAAGAGAGAGGGAUGCGUGCAUAGUGCAGUGUUUCAGCAUAUACAGCCCUGAAAGGGUGCACCCCCACACACGGGAUGCUCACCAUGAAAGUUUUGGUGUUGCUUCAGCCCAGGAACCUUUUAAGGGGUGUCCCUAGGUCCUGGGCACACAGGCUGGCGUCCUUGCAGAGCGCCUCCCAGCUUCCUGAGAAGAAGCUGCAGGCUCUGCUUUUCCCGCUGAGCGCUUUGGAAGGUCAGCUCACCGGUGGGUUCAGCAUAGCCGACUUGCAGCUGUUCGAGCCGAGCAUGGGGGAUAUCGCCAGGGCCGAGAGGCUCUUCUGCCCGUCCGCCAAACACAAGAUUGAUUACUUCUCAUCAGCAGUUAGGAUGGAUCACGCCCCAUUAAUAAGACAGCCAGAGGUGUGCUUCAUCGGCCGGAGCAACGUUGGAAAGUCAUCCCUGAUCAGAGUCCUCUUCUCUCUCGCUCCCGAGGUGGAGAUCAGAGUCUCCAAGACUCCGGGCCAUACGAAGAAGAUGAAUUUCUUCACCGUGGGCAAGGCGUUCACCUUGGUAGACAUGCCAGGCUAUGGGUACAAGGCUCCCAAGGACUUUGUGGAAAUGGUGGAAUCCUACCUGGAAACGAGGAGAAACCUGGUGAGGACCUUCCUAUUGGUCGAUGGGGCGGUGGGAAUACAGGAAGCGGACAGGGUUGCCAUAGAGAUGUGUAAUGAGUUCGGCCUUCCCUUUGUGAUAGUAAUGACAAAGAUUGACAAGAGCCGGCAGGGGACGCUGCUGAGCAAUCUGCUACAGGUGCGGGAAGUCAUCAGGACUCACACAGUCUGCUGUUACCCCCAGCCCUUCCUCGUCAGCUCCACCCAGUACACGGGGGUCCAUGUGCUGCGCUGUUUCAUCGCCCAUGUGACCGGCAACCUUCCCCUGAGCGGCGAUGUCACCGAGAAGCCUACUCGUUAAAUAAUCUCUGCUGUUAUUAGUCAUGUCUGUUCAUCCCAUCAAAGAAGCUCUCCCUAGAGGAAAUGGCAUGUAAUGCGUAGAUAUUAUAUAUUUUUUCCAAUAAAUUGUAAAGAAGA